CAAGAAUGCACGUAUUUAUCAGCCUUCAUAAUGCCAAGUGGAGUAGAUUGAAAUAAUUUAUACACAAAUGCAGAGGUACUUGGGCAGGCAAAGGAUUGAAUCGACUUCUCCAUUCAAGUGUCCAUUCCUUCACACUUUACUUAUCCAGAAAACCCGUUACUCAUAACUUGGAAAGAAGCACGAGAAACUUUAUACGAGAUGUAAAAAGUGGAGAAGAAAAAAAAGCGUCCCAGGGGAAAGUUGUUUCGGGAGCGUGCAUAAUGUACGAGGAUACGGAAGAUACUUCUGACAUCGAGGAAGAUUUCUUCAACGCGUUAGCGCUGCUACAUUCGACGGAGGACGACAGCGCGGAGAAACUUCGUAAAAUGCUCGAUACGUCGAUCGAGAAGAGGUAUGGCUUUGACAAAACUUUGAUGGCCAGGAUGCCGAAGAAAUUUUUACAGAGCACGAAAAUCCGUGGCAAAUCGUUCGCGAACGAGAAGUCGGAAACGUCACCGGGCAAGAAGAGCAUCGGCGCGAAGAAAACCGGAAGCGUGUUACUUUCCGUGAAUAACACGGAGAACGAUUGGAAACCGCUGAGAAUAUUUAACGCGAAUGUGGAAGACUGUAGCGAGAAGGGAGACAUCCCGAGGAUAUCUAUUCCGGACGAAGGGUCUGGAGAUGGACUCCUCUGCAAGGUGUGUAACGGAGCAAAGCUAGGACCACUGAUACUGCUGGAAUGUCAAGAGUGUCAAGAAGUCUAUCAUCCCCUCUGCCAUCAACCCCCUGUCGUCGACAUCGACGUCUACGAUCCCAGAAUCGUGUGGCGGUGUAGAAAAUGCAUGGACACCUCUUCCGUAAACUCUGCCACUGCCUUGGAUGAAAAGAAAGUGAAAAGAUCUCGUUCGCCCAACGACGAGGACAAAGCCAAAGAAGCUUCUACAAAGGUGAACAAACCGCAGAAAUCGAAUGGAAAUCUUCUGAAAAAUGAAGCUAGUAUCGCUGAUCAAACUUCGCCUGAUAUUUCCCAAAACACUGAUUCUAUCGAUGAGGACACAUCAAGCACGAAAGGUUUUCUGCAUUUAAACCAGAAGACCACGAAGACUGCAUCGUCCAGCCAAUUAAGAAAACGAAUUGGUUCCAAACUUUCAGUUAAUCGUUCUAUAGUAAAAUGA